AUGCCAACAGUCUUACUCCCAUCGUCGGCCGCUGCCUUUGCGCCGCGGUCCUCACCGAAUGUCGUCCUGAAUACCAAGGUCGCACCCUGGUUGACGGCCACUUUGAAACGGGUCAACCGGGUGAAGCGCCCUCUGAACAACGUCACCCAACAUACCCGGUGUUUGACAGAGACGCUAUCGUCAACGAAUGCGAUCUGGACCUUAUGCUCGAUGAUGUUCACCAAAGCACCCGAAGCGGAGCUGCGCAAGGACGAGAACCCCCUCAUGGAAGGCCUAUUCAAUUUCCAGAUGGUUCACAUCGAGGCCUACGUCGUGCACGUCGACAUGGUCUCACGGAACGAGGUGGCCUUCAAGUUGACCCCGGAAACGAUCGAAGCCCUGGUAGAUUUCCAUAAAGACAUCUAUUCAGUCGACGCUGCGGCCAACACGUGGGACUGGUCCGGGAAGCAGGCUCAGCUGAAGAAGCUUCAGGAGGAGUUCGUCCAGGCCGCUAACAAGUUUGUAUACCGGGCCAACGCCGAGGCUUUGGAGGGACUGGAGGAGGACGGCGCGGGAGAGUUGCUCUGCGGACGUAGCGAGGAGGCCAAGGCCGCCAUCACCGGCUUGUUCGUGCCGCUUCUGCCUCCGCCACCACGCGUGGUGGACGUUCUACGUCCGGUGCCUCUCCUGCCCAGCUCGACCGGUCCUGAAAUCUGGUGGCACAACCCCAUUCCACCCUCCGCGCCUCUCGAAUCGUGGAAGGUACUGCCGCCCAGCCCAUCCCCGGCUAGCACGGGUGAUUCUAAUUCGAAUCUUUGGGCCAGUAUUGGUUUCAGUGACGCCCAGCUGCCAUCGCCGACUCCCUCUUACAGCCAAGCCUACACCACCGCGCCAUAUCAGACGUACGAAAUGGCGGCGACCUCGGCGGCUAUCUCGACGCUCCCGCUUCCCAGUAUGCUCUGCAGCACGACAGCUAACAUGGGCAUGGGCGUUGGCAUGGGCAUGGGCAUGGGCAUGGGUAUGGGAAUGGGCAUGGGCUUCGGCUGGGAUGGGUUCGCCCCGUUGCCUUACGGCACGACGAUAUAA